AUGGCUACCUUACCGCCGAGCAAGUCAACCAGCAAGGUUGCCGCGACCACCGAAAUGGAGGAGGAAGUCACAAAAAAACAUCAGUUUCAGGAAAUCGAAAAGCUUCAAGACCUGGGCAUCAACGCGGCGGACAUAAAUAAAUUAAAGAGCAGCGGCUACUGCACGAUACUCUCCCUGAUCCAGACAACGAAAAAAGAGCUGUGUAAUGUGAAAGGGAUUUCGGAAGCAAAGGUAGAGAAAAUUCUGGAGGUGGCGUCAAAGAUAGAAAAUUGUUCUAGCUUCAUAACAGCUCAUCAGUUGGUCCAUAAGAGAAAUAAAAUUUUGAAAAUCACAACGGGGAGCUCCAAUCUGGACCAGACUUUGGGAGGAGGCAUAGAAAGCAUGUCCAUCACAGAACUGUUUGGUGAAAACCGCUGUGGGAAAACGCAGAUAUGCCACACGCUGGCGGUGUCGGCUCAGUUGCCCAGGAGCGUUGGUGGGGGCAACGGCAAGGUAUGUUACAUCGAUACGGAAGGCACCUUCAGGCCAGAAAAAAUUUGCAAAAUAGCCGAACGGUACGGAAUUAAUGGAGAAGACGUGUUGGACAAUAUUUUAUAUGCCAGGGCAUUUACACACGAGCAUUUAUAUCAGCUGCUUGCGGUGUCUGCGGCAAAGAUGUGUGAGGAGCCCUUCGCACUACUCGUGGUGGACUCCAUCAUUUCUCUUUUCCGAGUGGACUUCAGUGGACGAGGCGAACUCUCGGAGCGCCAACAGAAGCUCAACAAAACCCUGUCCACACUAAGCAAACUGGGAGAGCAAUUUAACAUUGCCGUUUUAAUAACGAACCAAGUGAUGUCCGAUCCAGGGGCUACCAUGACUUUCGUGGCGAACCCGAUGAAGCCAGUCGGCGGUCACGUCAUUGGCCACGCGUCCACAACCAGGCUGUCGCUCAGAAAGGGCAAAGGAGAUCAGCGGGUGUGCAAAGUGUACGACGCCCCCAACCUUCCCGAAGUGGAUUGCAUCUUCCAGCUGUAA